UUUAACCCGUUAUCCACAGCAAGAGAGCCAGAGACCACAAAGGAAGAGCAUAUACUGUCAGUUUAGGGGAGAUAAUAGGACAGCAUGAUGUAAACACGGAAUAAAAACCGCAAGACAUCAUUUCCAUUUCCCGUUGCACUGGCCCAUUAUCGGUGUUCAAUAUUACAUGAGGUACUGGCUGACAACAGCGCGUCUGUCUGGACACCGAAAGGCAGCCAGUAAGUGAGAACACUGAAGCCGAGUGGGAGAGCGGAGAGAGAGAGGAGUUGAGCAUUGUUUCGUCUUCGCUUCAGGGUUUUGUGGAGUUGCUCACUGGUUUUGGACCGAUCCCUGAGAUCAUGAUGUUGGGUUUCUCAAGCUGACCAAGCAGACAAGUGGAGAUUCUCUUCUUCUCCUUCUUCUUUUUGAAUUAUUGUCUGUUUUUCCUCUUUUGGACUCGGUUAUGACAAAGGAGAAAACACGCUAAUAUGUUGCAUUUCUGUGCAUUAAAGCGCCGACUUAUCUCAAUUUGGGACUGAAAUGGCCUUGAAUGCAUGUGCACUAGAUAACACAGGUAGACACGUCUCAAUGGGUGAGGCCCACUGAUCCAGUUAUCCCUACACAUCCCCUCCACCCCUCACCCCUGCCCUACUCUGUUCCCCUAAACGCCACCCCACUUCACUUCAGUCAACAUGACUUCCACCAGCCAACUGCUGGGUUUGGCUGAGGUGGGGCUGAGGUGUGACCAGGAGAUUGAGAGGAGAUAUGAGAUUGUGCCCUCUGUGGUCUGCUCCAUGUGCUGCCUCUUUGGAAUCAUCUACUGCUUCUUUGGCUAUCGAUGCUUCAAGGCCGUAUUGUUCCUCACUGGCCUAAUGUUUGGCUCUGUGGUCAUCUUCAUGCUGUGCUACAAGGAGAGGGUGAUGGACACUCAGCUGAGCGUAGAGGCGUCAGUGGGCAUCGGCCUGGGCAUCGGGACCCUGUGUGGCCUGGUGACCAUGUUGGUUCGCAGUGUGGGACUGUUUAUGGUGGGCUUGCUGCUGGGCCUGCUGGUUGGAGUGGCUUCACUGGUGGUUAUGGAGGAGUUCUACCACCCCAGAACAGUGUGGGUUCCCCUGGGUAUUCUCCUGGGGUCUGGGACGUUAUUUGCCGUCCUCACUCUUCAAUGGCAGCGCUGCUUUGUCACCUUCUCCACCGCUACAUUCGGCUCUGCCAUUAUCACUGUCACCGUGGAUUACUUUAUUGAGCUGUUCGCCUUGGUACACUACGUCUACGAGAGACUCAGGGUGGCACCAAAGAAGCCAGUGUGCUGGUUUACUUGGGUCAUCUUGGGGGUGUGGCCUGUCUUGGCCUUCCUCGGAGUGCUGAUCCAAUGGAAAGUCACUGCAGAGGGAUAUUCUCACACAGAGGUGGUUUUGAGUCGACAGCAACGGAGGGUCCAGCUCAUGCGUAUCCGACAGCGGGAAGAGAGGCUGAAAAGGGAGAAGGAGAACAAGAAGAAGAAAAAACGACAGAGCCAGAAGACCAGCCACAAGCAGAAAGCCCACACCAAUCACCACCACCACCAGCAGUAUCAUCACCCAGCGGCAUCCCACCCGCAUCACCAAGCACAGAGCUCUCAGCCACCUAAAGUCCCUCCUCCUCAGACUGAACCUGGCUACCCCCGCAAGGCCAAUCCUAAAAGACGCUAUGAUGGGGAUGUGCUGUCACCGAGCUACAUCAGGAGUUUCAGGGACAGACAAACAGACAGACGAGCGUACUCCCACAGUCGAAUGAUGAGCCGCUCCCGGAUGGGUGAACUCGACUACGACUGCGGCUCUCAAGUUCCCCUCACGGCCCCCAGUGGACCUCCAGUUCGCAUCUGAGACAGCGAAAUGCACACGCGUACACCCAAACACACACACAAUCACACAAGGCUACUUCAAACCUCUUUGUCACAGUUCAGGAUAGAAAACCUAACCUUAAUGUGCCAACCUAAUUAACUGCCUAUUAACCCAGCAGGAACUCAGUAUGUCCCAAAGGUGAUAUGACACACUGGUUUUCUCCUCUCAGACCUGUUAGUGGUUGUAUUUAUUUGGCCAGUUUGGUCCUGUUCUGUUCUUUAUGACACAAGAGCAGAGCCUCUUCGUUUGGAUGGAGCAAGAACUGAUUGCUGUUGAAGGUGAUGUGGGCAAAUCUCAGACAUUAUGAGUCAUCACAUACUGUAUUUGACUUCAAAUCUCUUCUGUCAGUGCACUGGCCUGGAGGACACUUGAAAAAAUGGACUUGUCUGGUGGGGAGUUAAUUGAAAUAUCUCUGUUCAUCAUCAUUUGUUUUAAAGAUUUUGGUUUCAAGCCGUAAGAAGUCAUUUCCAGUAGGUUUGCAGUGGGGAAACAAUCAAAACACUCAUUUCUCCACAGGUGGGCAGCACUAUUUCAGAAAAAAAAUGCAUCACAUGGCGUUCUUGGAGUAAAGGUAGCACUACCUUCAAUUAACCUUACACAGUAUCUUGACUUUGAGGGUAAUUAACUGAGGAAAUGAUUUGCUUCAAGGAUUCCAUUAGGAGCGGUCAGAGGAAAUUGACAACAACAAAAACACAGCAAAAUCACUGAAACAGAAAGGCAGCUCUUCUUCAUCAUUUUCUCCAUUGUAAGGUCACUCUGUGAAGCAAGGUGUUCAUGAAGUCAGCCUGUUAUUUUCACUGACAGCCUGUGAAUCCAGACAUGGCAGCACAAGUGUUCUGCUGCUUCAAAAUGCAGAACAGGGACUGAUUCUAGUUGUUUAUGGGAUCAAAGACAAUUUUUAUGUUCUUUUACCCAUGAACACUCCACAUGUCAUUGCCUACAUUGUUGCCAUUCUCCAAAGGGGAAUGCACUUACAUCUCGUCACUUUCCUUGAAUGCCAGCUGUUUUAAACACGGAUCUGAGCAGGAGACACAUCCAUACCUCCCUUCCUCUCUCCACUGAAUUGAAAACAUUUCUGUAAGCUACUGUAUGUAAUUCAUUUGUUGUUGAUAUGUGCUCUCAUGUCCCUUUUCCUCUCCUUAUCCCCAAAACAAUCUACCUUUGCAGAAUUUGUCAGCUGUCUAAAUAUGCUGUCAAGGCACAAAGACAAGAAACUGCUGUCUGAUACCGAUCAUCCAGGAAUGUAACUGUUGAAAUCAGUUCGAGAGUUUGGAGAGGACAAUACACAACAGUGAAAAUGUUAAAUAUAGUGUGUUAGUGUGUGUGAGUGGACACAUGAGCCCUGUGGCAAGUGAUGGAUUGUACCAAAUAUUGGACAAGGAGCGGGGGAUUUAUUGUAAUGUAUGUAGAACAUGCAGUUCUUUUUUGCUGAUAUACUGGUCCGGUUAAAAAUGGGAAUCUUUUAGUUUGGAUGAAGUGUUAAAUGCUGAAAAGGAGGAGGUUUAAAAUUAAGGUAAUCUCCUGUUAAUGAUGAGACAUAGUGACAAGAUGAGAGCAUUUGCAAAUGGCGCCCUCUACUGUUUAUUGGACCUUUUUUUCUAGACUGUGUAUGUGUGCAUAUGUUUGUGUGUACAUUCAUUUGCGUGUGAUUUGCUUUUAAAUUCAAAUGUGUGCCGAACAUUGAUGUUGUUAUACUGAACAUCUAGAGAGGUGAAGGAGAUUUGUAUAGGAAAUAUUUUCAGCAUAAAGGAACAAUUUUUGUUUUAUUUGAACCUCUUUGGAAUUGAUAUACUGUAGUUCCCCACAAUAAACACCAACUCCACCAAUGUUAGAGACUAAAUGUUACUGUAAAGAGCCACAGAUGAAAGACCAAAUUAUACAAAAGUAAAGAAAUGUAUUGAAAUUCCAGGAUCAUGGCCACUUGGAUUGUGUUUUCUAUGAUUUUGGGAGAUUUUACUUUCUAAGGAUUCCACGGUACUGUACUUAAAUACUAAAUACCUGAUGAUAUGCGAUGGGCUUGGCACUGGAGGAACAAACAUUUCAUUACUGCAUGAUAAUCCUUGUGUAACUGUUUCCAAUGUGUCAGUGUUUCAGUGUGUCACUGUUGUCAUGUGAAAACCUCACAUUCCCAGUUUAGUUUGUUGGUCCGAGGGUACAAAAAAAAUAAUCCAUAUUGACUGAACCAUCGUAGAAAAGGUUUCAGUCGUAGUCAUCUGGACACUGUUUUCAGAAUCAAGACGUUUCGGCUCCCAUCCGGAAGUCAUUCUCAAUUGUGAAAAAAUUGGACGGGAACUGGAAAUUUAAGCUACUCUGAGUUACAUAAACCCUGCCCUCAGGAGGGAAUCUGCCUGAGUAUCUGUUCCGGAUGGGAGCCGAAACACUCCUAGAACACACUAGAACACUCCUGGACGAAUGAGGGACUACACCGUCUUACAUAUUGACUGAAUUAAGUCAAUGGCAUGCAGAAAAGGAAUAUCAUGAUCUCAUUGUUUUUACCUCAGUUUUUUUUUGUGUGCAGUUUUUCAAUAAUUAAGAAACACAUUUAUAGUACAACAUCUUGUAAGGAUCAACCUUUCUGCCACAGGUCCAAAGGACUCCUACUGGCUGAGAUCCAAAAUGGAACCUGCAGAAACACACCUUCUGUUUAAUCUUCUCUUCUCGCCUUUCUCUGUUUACACUGUCCAGGUAAAGGGCUUUGAAAAGGCAUUUGAAUCGUGUCCAAUAAUGUUUUUCAGUAGUGGCUGUUCAAGUGUUAUUUGGGGUUUGGCUUACACUUCAGUCCUGUUUUCCUCUUUUGUGGUUUUACUGUGGUACGCUUGUAACGUCAUCACUGUCUUUUGGAAAUUUUGGAAAGACAAAAAUGAACAAAAACAAAAUGGUCAUUUGAAACAUUAUGUUCUUGUUUGUAAUUUGGGGACAAAAUGAAUUAAUAUUAUCAAUUCUUUUUAUUAGCUUCUUUUGUUUUUGUUUCUAUUAUUUUCUGGGAUUGCCCAUGAUUGCUGAAUAUAUGUUGGGGAAACACUUGUAUUGUAGAUAUUGAACUGUAAAUAACUUUUUAAAUGUACAAAUGUUUCAUUUUCAUGUUUACACCAUGAUUGCUUAUGUAAUUUGUCCAGCUGAUUAUUUUUUAAUGGAGUAGGCCUGUUUAAUAUUGUGUUACUACUGUAUGUCCUGUUGGUUUGAUUUGGCUGGGUGGUGGAUGCACUUGUAUCAUUGUCAUCCUGGUGUUUCAACAUGUGAUGUUGAAAAGCAGCAAACAAACUGAGCCUUGACUCUGAUUAUCAGCAACCAUCAGUAAUUCAAUACUUGCUCCACAAGAGACAGCAAUUAA